AUGUCGCUCCCAAUCGUCCGUCUGCGUGUGGUGGACGCCAACUGCGCGACGGCCGCGGACAACCCCGUCACGGCCUCCUGCACGCUUUACACAUUUCUCCGUUCAGUCCCCAGUAAUGUUGAAUGUGAUAUGGCGAUGGUCGACUUUAAACAGUCCGUGCAGGCCACGCGCGGACACUCGUACCUGUCGAAGGGUAACGAGAGAUUGCUGAACCUCAUCCACGCCUCUGUGCAGGACUCAAUCCUUCGACACCCACCGAAAGUGUCUCCACAGUUGGCACGAAAUGCGACAACAUGGCGGAUGCUGCUUCAGCAGCAGAGGCAGAAGCAGCAGCAGCAGCAGCAGCAGUAUGACGAGGAUACCAAGACGUCAAAUAGUACAGCGACGGCUACACGGUCGCAGGACUUCACACAUACUGACUAUGAAAAUGAUGAUGAGAGUACCCAAGCGCCAGUUCUGAGUUCCUUGGCAUCGUCCACUGUUGGAGAGAUCAACAGCAAUAGCAACACCAAGAGCAAGAAUCACGAACUGAUUGUGAAAGAGACUAUUACCGCUGCCUCAAUGCGUGUCAGUGGCCCCUACGAGCAGGCUGUGUCGGCGAAUUGGCGGCAUGCACCGGGUGCUUCAAACACCACAACAGCGCCUCGGCCCUUCACGGAGGAGAAUGAUGAUAACGAAAACCAGGGCGUGGGCGUCGUUUCUAUGGAGGCUGCGCCACCUGUGUAUUCGCCGCGGGCGGGCGGGGUGCUUGGUGAUGCACGUGGAGGAUGCCGGCCGCACCCGCUGCUGCUCGCCCUGCUGGAGCGGGCACGGGCGACGCUUCCAGUGGAGGAACAUGAGAGCGACCGACGUGAGCGAGAGUUUGCUACAAUGAUGGAGUCGCGAGCCGCUGCGCUGCGCACAAAGCUAUCGAGUGCAUAUUCCAUGAUGUCACCACAGGAGAGGGAGCAUGUGGAGUUCCUGCGGCAGCUGGAAAAGCGCGUCGCAAUCGCAGAGAAACUCUUCGAGGUGCAAAAGUACGAGGAGAAGACGAUUCAGAUGUCGCAGUGCGCUCUGCAAAUAGAGGUUGCGACGAUGCGAGCACUUCUCCACCAGGUUGUGGACGCCGUCGUAGAGACAGAGGAGCGUCAUGAACGGGAGGGACCCCAAAGCCCGUACUACGCAGAGGAGUGCCAACUGAUGGCGUUGAUACAGCAGUCCCUAGACGAGGUUCCCUCCUGA